UCUUGCAGUGUUGUACUUUGCGGUUGUGCAUAGCUCCAAGUCUGGGGUACAUUUGCUCCACCUCAUCUCCAAUCUGACCAUGUUUGUCACGCAAAGAGGGCUCGAGGGUGUAUAAAAGGCACAAGAAGCUGACCCACAGGACAAACUGAUCCAGCAAACACAACAUGGACGUUGCCCCUGAGGAAAAGAAUUUGGUGGAUGAACAGAAGCAAGCAGCAGAAGACUGUCACGUCUUUGAAGAAGAAGCGCUUGGGCCUCAGAAAACGGUCCUGAUCGUGUACGCCCACCAGAGCUUGGGCUCAUUCAACGAAGCAGUCCGGGAUGAGACUACUAAGGAGCUAUCAAAGCAAGGCUACCGGGUCAUCGUAUCAGACCUUUAUGCUAUGAACUUUAAAGCUGCCGCCACAAGGAGCGAUAUAAUUGGUGAUUUAAAGAACUCAGAGCUUUUCCAAUAUGGAGAGGAGACAAUGCACGCCUUCAGGGCAGGUUGCCUAAGUGACGACAUCGUGGCCGAACAACGCAAAGUAGAAGCGGCUGAGCUCAUCAUCUUCCAGUUCCCUUUAUACUGGUUCAGUGUACCUGCCAUCAUGAAGGGAUGGAUGGACCGAGUGCUAACUCAGGGCUUUGCUUUCUCCCUGGAAAAGAUGUAUAACAAUGGUAUUUUCAAGAACAAGAAAGCAAUGUUAUCUUUUACAACUGGAGCUACAGAAUCAAUGUUUCGCCCCGAUGGCAUAAAUGGAGACAUUAACGUCACACUGUGGCCCCUACAGAAUGGCACGCUGCACUUUUGUGGAUUUCAGGUCCUUGCUCCUCAGAUUUUCUGGGGUCCAGCUCACUGCCUUGCUGUGCAUCGAACGGCGAUGCUAAAAGAGUGGCGUAUGCGUCUCAAAGGACUGCUGGCUGAAAAGUGUCUGACUUUUGCCCCAUGUGAAUGGUUUGAUCUCAGCUUUGAAAAGGGCUUCUUACUUCAGUCAAAGGUGAAGGAGCAGCAAAAGUCCAAUGCCUAUGGAAUCACCACAGGACACCAUCUUGGCAAAUUACUCCCGCCUGACAACCAAACCAAAGCACAGCUUACAGAUGAAGAGCUUGUCAGUACCUGCCUUUGCACACAAAUGGCUGUAACUUCUAAAAAAAUGUGAAUGUGCAAGAAAGAAACAGAAUCACCCUAAUCAACUUGCUGAACCAUCACUGUAGUGAAACUACUUACUUCUUUUUAAUAUAUUUCAUUUGAAUAAACAUAAUAAAUGCAGUUAUCACCA